ACUAGGCACCUACUCAUUCACCAUUUUUAUAGGGCUUGGUUUGUGCUAUGGUUGUGCAAAAUAUGUGUUUUAUGAUAAUCGGGGCUGAUUGAUAUCGGCACCAGACUGAAGCAGAGAUUCCACUUCAAAGAUGGAGCCGACUUGAACAGACAUAGCCCUAUGUGGUGCUGCCAGGAACCUCCAUGAUGACCAUCAUCGCAGCAGUGGGCCAGUUGACUGGGUACCCAAGACAGCUGUGCUCAUUCAAGGCAUUCCGCAAGAAGAAGAACCAGUAAACACCAUGGAGAGGGGCCCACUCCCCACCUCACUGGACCUUCAGCGCAAGGCCCAUGAGAAGCUGCUUCUGGAAGGGCCCACAGUAGUCCAAACACUGCCAGCUGUGCAGCAUAAACGGUCAUCAUCAGAUGAAGAGUCACGUCUCGACGAAGAGCUGAAAAGGGCCGCCUGCAAGCUGCCCAAGAAGCGCAAGUUCGCAUAUGAACAGAGAGAACUUCCACAGUCUACGCACAGUUCCCCUAUCGUGGGUGUUGACCUACGGGACUGGCGUGGCCAUCGGGUGUUGGUGUGCCUGCAGGACUUCUACGUACCGGGUGUCAUCCGCGAAGCAGACACCCCGCACGACCUCCUCGUUGAGCUGGACGCGGGGCGAGAGCUGGUACGAGUGCGUGACGUGUUGGAUUCUGGAAGAUCUCAUGUAGUAAGUGAUCACAGUCCGUCGCCCGGUCAGGUUUGUGUAGGUACAGAGGUGUGUGUGCGAGUGGAAGAAAACGUCUACGUAGAAGGGGUGGUAGCCGACGUGAGGCCGGGACCACCGGCGCAGUACCUCGUCCGCGUGUUGAGGGGCAACGGAGCCGAAGCCAUGUGGGUGAGUCGUGCCGGGCUGCGGUUACGACUGCCGCCCUGGUGGGAGGAAAUGGAAGUAGCGAGGCAAAGACCGCAGGCACCGGUCGUUCAGGAGGCUCCUCCUCAGCAGAUACUUUCGCACAGCGUCUCCGUCAUCACGGAGAGUGCGCACUGUGGUCAGCCUCCGCACCUGCCGGGCUACGAGGCCGACCGCAUGGUGGGCACGCCUCAGAGGCACCGAAAGAGCCUCUCGGUGAGUUCUCCCGCUAACGCGGAGGACGACUCUUCGGACGACGACCUCAAGACGGGUCGAAUCGAAUUCGAUCCGGGACGCUUGGCAAUGGGUCGCGAGAGUCUGACGCCGAGGUCGCGAAUAGCUCCAUCCACCGAAAUGAGAGUCGUGACACCGCGUUCACCGGCCGCACAACACAAGUACAAGAAAGGAGACAUAGUCUCGACGCCCAAUGGGAUACGCAAGAAGUUCAACGGUAAACAGUGGAGGCGGCUGUGUUCGCGUGAGGGCUGCACAAAGGAGUCCCAACGUAGGGGCUACUGCUCGCGCCACUUGUCCCUCAAGGGCAAGGCCGGGGCAACCCGCAAGCCCCUAGGAAGGGGGGGCCGAGAGUGGGAGGAAUCUUCCAGGGAGAGCGACGGUGGAAGUCCUGGAGAGCGUAGGAUUCAGGGCCGCUUCGACCGCGAUGAGACCGAAGCCGCCAACAUGCUGGUGUCACUUGGGAACUCUCGCUCCACAACUCCUGCUAGUCCUCAGAGGCCUGAACCAUUUGCCCCCGUGGCACCCUGGAGACCGGAAGACGGUGUGUACCGCACGACUGCGGUAGUGCUCCACCGGCCAACUGUGGUACGGACUGACACCUCGAGGUCUUUGUGCGGAGAACCCGUUUCAGUUAUCCAGCAUCAACUGACAGAGCAGAGUGACAUCUUCCGCGGGUCUGAGCAGAGGGCACUUCUCCAGCAGGCCCUGCAGGGUGUGAGAGAUGAUGUACGAACAGCAAGAGAGGUGCCCAAUGAACAAGUAGUGGUACAACAGCAUCCCAGUCCUGCCCAUUUGUUACCUGUUAUGCCUGUUGUAGUAACCAAUGGGGAGAAGCAGAAGGAAGAUGAGGCAGUAGACGAUGGCGGGUGGAAUGGCAAGCCUAUCCCAGUUUUUCCAUGGCACUCCUUGGUGCCAUUUCUUGGCACCCACCCGUCACCUCCUAACAGUGCACCCCCCACCGUGACAGUUGCACCCCAGCCGCCAGAAGUAACCCAUCACCCUUCCUCGGCUACUUCAGGAGGUUGCCCGCCUGAGGUAGAAGAAGGAGACGAUGAUGUGUUUGAGGUAGCCGAGAUGGGACCUGUACCAGCACCAAAAAGGAGAACACAGUCAUUGAGCGCCCUUCCCAAGGAUGAACCCAAGAGUCCACGCAAAGGCAAAGAGAAAGAACACAUCCGUCGGCCGAUGAAUGCUUUCAUGAUCUUCAGCAAGCGUCACCGUGCAUUGGUGCACAAACGACAUCCCAACCAAGACAAUCGCACAGUGAGCAAGAUCCUGGGGGAAUGGUGGUACGCCCUGAACCCUACAGAGAAACAGCAGUACCAUGACCUAGCUUUCAAGGUGAAAGAAGCCCACUUCAAGGCGCAUCCUGACUGGAAGUGGUGCAGUAGAGACAAGAAGAAGUCGAGUAGCAGUGGAGUAGGACCAGGAGCUGGGAUAGCUGGCGUCGGAGCAGUAGGAAUCUUGGGCAAAGAAGGAGGUACCAAAUGUCCCAGUACUUCGGAAGAGUCAGCAAAUCACGAUUCUCUGGGAAAAGAUAAACUGAAAGAUGACUACAAGAAUGGAAUUGAAAUUGACAGCUGGUCUACUGAGAAGCACUGCAGUCACACCCCAAAUGGGGCUAGUCUUACCAGGGAUGCUGCAGAUGGAGGAGCAUCAAGCGAUGAUGAGCGCAUGGUCAUUUGUGAAGACGAAGGUGACAGCGACCUUACAGUGAUAGAUCUACAGUGCAAAGAGCGUGUUGUGGAAUCUGACUCCGAAGACACUCCUUCAGAUAACGAGGCGCCCUCGUCUCGAGCAUCUCCCCCUGCUGUACCACCGGCUGUACCACCAGAGGCAGCCCACCGGCCAACGCCUGUGGGGCUUGUUCCCACCAGUGCGGUGCAAGGGACCCCACCAGGGGGUUACGCGGGAUUUCACCCGACGGGUGCUGUCUUUCGUGAUGUACAAGUGCCUCGCAGGAAGGUUUCUCCUCAUGAGAUGCUGCAGCAAUGCCCAGUGCUGGCUACCGCUGAGUCAAAGAACUUGGGAGGGAACAAAUCAGGGCUGCAACUGCCAACGACUGUGAUGGUUGGGGCAGGACCCCAAUAUGCCAUCUUGAGCCCCCCAACAGUACCUCGUGGUUCAGGUGCUCCUCUGACUGGAGUGCUGCUCAGGGCAACCAGUGUUGGGCAGCAACAAGCGCCACAGCAAACGCAGCUGCAGUAUAUAUUACCAUCGAUCACUGUACAGCCUCCAACUACUCCCAUGCAAGGUGUGCUUCAGAUGGCCAUUCCAUCUGGUAGCAUCCAACUUGGGACACCGAACACGACAGCAAUGCACAGGGUGCUGACCUCUCCUCCAUCUGUUGUUACAACCAAUAGCAGCUUAGGCAGUGGUGGAGUGCCCUCUAUCCAAAGGGUGGUGCUGGCCCCUAGAGAGGGCGCAGCUACCCAGCUGGUGACGUUGGCCCCCACCUCGUUAGCUGCUCCCAGAGACACUCAGGGCACCUGUCUCCUGCUGCCUUCUCCUGAAAGGGCACACAUUUCCCCAUCCGCAUCACCUAUGCAAGGAAAUAUUCGACCCAUCAACCCAAGUACCAAAGAAGAGGGCAGUGUGUCCCUAAGUCCUGCACAAACCAUGGGUCUACGUGUUGCUGUGAUGUCCUCUGCCCCAGUAAGUUCCCCUGCCAGAUCUAGGGUCUCUCCUUUCUUCACUGGAGUUUUGUCGAUGAAAUCUGGAAACCUUACUCCGACCGAGACCAAGUUGGACUCCUUUGGACGUGUGCAGCGCCUGUUUACUGUGCCCAGCAUUGUCAGUCAACCGGAGAGACCACGAGCACCCGAAGAAACACCCAAAACGGAAAGCUCACUGUGCAGUUCUGAUGGGCUCGAUGGGGGCACACCUCGGCCAGUAAAGAGGAUGGCUGCAUCACCUGGAGGUGCAGACACAAAGGAUGGAAAUCCAUGUUUCGUGCUGGCGCCCACACCUGCACAGCUUGGGCGAGCCCCCGGGCAGCUGAAUUCCAAGCGCUCGACUACAACUACUAUGCAGCAGCAACAGCCCUCUCACUUGGAACGACCACUGCUCGGGAAGGAACAAGAAGCGUCGAAGGAAAGCGCAAAAGAUGCUUCUAGAGACGUUCAGAAGGAUGACUCCAAGGAUCCGCUGAGGGAUAACAAAGACACCUCCAAGGAAAGUGUUCAAGGGGUGACAAAGAGGUCUGCGCUGAAGAAGGGUGGCGAUGAUAGAAUGGACAAGGUGUUAGAAGAAGUGAACUUCAGUGCUCGAUUUGCUAAGCUUCCAGAGUUCAGGCCUGAAGAAUCGCCAUCUGCAACAGCAUCCUUACCCAGUUCUCCUUUCGUCCAGACCUAUAGGAAACGACCAAAGCCAUCUGCCGCGCAAGGUGCAGAAGCGGAGGACAGCGCUAGUGCAUCGCCGUCGUCAGAAACCCCUCGCACCCCCAAGAGUUGUAGCAAGCUGGAAGGUACAAAGUUCUUUGGGCCAAACUUUAACUUGGAUGCCCUAGCAGAUAACAGCCAAAAUGAGGAAGCUGUGUCCGAUGGAGAAGGAGCGGCAUCUCCGCGGACUCCCAAGACGCCGUGCACGGAAGGGGAGAAGUCUCAAUCAUCGCUGCGACGCAUCCUGGAGCAACGCCGGCAACUGGUGAUGCAGCUGUUCGCAGAAGAAGGCUGGUUUCCUUCGGCUCAAGCAACAGCAUCUUUCCAGCAGAAGCACAGAGACAUUUUCACUAAUAAGAACACACUACAGCUCAAAAUUCGGGAAGUACGCCAGAAGCAGAUGGCCCAGAACAGUGCCCUGGUCAGCACACCGGGGCCCCACGACACACCUGAGACCCCCAAGGAGGCCGCUGGACCUCAAACAGCCGAGCCACAUUGAACCCAAAUGCUCAGAAAUAGUUUUAUGUGCUCCAGUGAUGGUGAAGAUCUAAGACAAUGAUGACUGGUCAUGCUCUGAGAUCCCAGCAAACGCUUCUGACCAAGAGGGUUAAUAAAAAUGAUGCCAAAAGUGAUAAUUCUUGAGCAGCACGACAGAUGCGCUCAGAAACUAGGAUCUCAAAAGACUGAACAAACAGUGUACAGUGAUAUCACGUGGCUUGCAGCCCCAAUGAGUGUUGAAUUGUUCGACUGUUACCCGUAUUUUACCUGCACUCUUCAUAAAGGAACCACGUACCAACAUGCAAAAGCUGGAGAAACCCAUGUGACCACACAUUGGACCACUUGCACGAGCUUAGAAGUCUGCAACAUUGCAAAAUGCGCGGACUGACUCUGCAACGUAUUUGCGAAACGAAGGCGAGACUUCACGUUUCUGUAAUGGCCAUUGGCAUUUGAAGGGUUCUUUAUUUGCUGACUUAUAUCUCUUUCAGUCUUUGUUGCAAAUACUGCUGCUUGUGGAGAUUAAGGAACAACAGUGCUGAUGUAUUCUAGGUUUGUCUUAUUCUGGCUUUGUCUGCCUAACACAUUGUGUUGAUGGAAAAUAUGCUCCUCUGAGCUUUAUUUGUGGCAUACCCUUUCUCAGCUUACUUUCAUGCCAUUCUGUGUAUUUUAUUACUGUGACCGGUAACCAUUUCCUGGUGUACUUGAAAAUGUUUUUAUGGUUGUACAAUAUUUAUUGCUGCAAUAAGUGAAGUACUGAAGGCCUAGGUUGCCAUUAAAAAUGGCUUUUGUUACGAGCGACGUGGUGCACAAAAUUAACUAGUAUGUAAUGGUACAGACACCAAGGGUUCAGUGUUGUUUUCCAGUGUUGUGUAAAAAUUGUCUAUAGGUUCAUAAGAUCACCCAUAAGAAAUUAUACAAGUUGGUAAAAGAGUGAAGGAAACACAAAUGAUUUGUUGCGAUUCACUAGCAAUUGCACGCUGAACUAUCAGGUGAUAAUGCAUGCUGUAAUUGGGAGAGAACUGUGAUGCCAGUUGUAAUGGAUUUUAAAGUGUAUGCUUAUUAUCUACGUGAACACUUGUUGAGCAUAUAGGCAUGGACUUUUUCUUCAGAUGAAGGUCUCCUGUAAUUAAGCACCCUAUAUUGACUCAGUUACACAUUUAACCUGAUUGAAACACUGUUCCUAUUCUGUGCUUGUUCCUGGCGUUACCUGCAUUAUACGUGUGCAACAGCACAUUUCUCAUAAAAAUUGCUUUCCAUUAUGGAAUUUCACCCAUUCUCUUUUGUGGCUCAGUUAUAUAUACAGAAGGAAGGAGAGUGAUUUCUGCUGUAGAGACCUUCAAAUAGUAACCAAAAAUGUUAGGAGCAACUGGCUCAUUAGUUAGGUAUUAUCUUGUCAUUUUAUUGGAGGUGAAUUUGCGGUAAGGUUUAUCUCAUGCUUAGACUCAUUACUACCUUUUGUGGUUUCUCUAUCACUUGCUGAAAGCAUUUUAUCACUUCUCUCGUACAAAUGUGUUUAUAUUUGAGAAGAAAUAUACGUCAUAUAACCAUAAUCAUUGUCAACUCCCCUUGAAUUACACACUUUUGACUUAAGUUCAUUGUUACACAUGUGUAAGCAUGCAUAGGAAGCACAUUGCCUUCAUGUGUCAUCACAUGUAUUUUGUACAUGCUUUUCUUCUUUCUUUAGGCAGUGUCUUACAAAUCAUUUUUUAACUAUACCAAUCGUGUAGCUGACGAAAAGUUACUGAACGUUUUAUGACGGAAUUGCAGAAUAUUUUUGUGUUUACUCCUGGAAAAUGCAGUUGACACUCUUGCGUGGCAGAGAUGACUUGAAGUUUGCAACAAAAAUCUAACCUGACUUCUGUUAGAUAUGUGUAUAUAUAUAUAUGUUGUGCCAUUAAGCAGAAUUACCCAUUUCACAAAUCAUGCACUUAAUGAAAUACUUAGGUCUUCACAGAGUUCAUAUGAUAUUCAUGAAGAUGUAAUAACCUUCAUCAGCAAUUCAUAAAAAUGGCUUACUGCUCGACAAGCUUUAUUUAUGUUUGACAAGUCGAGUCAUGCUCCAGUUUGUGCUCAUAGUACAGGCACUGGAAAGCUCUGUAUGGAUAAUGAAAAUUUUGGAUAAGUGAAGUUUUGGUGGAAUGUAAAUGGUGUAUUGUCAGUAAUGCAAAAUGCUGAGUGAAAAUUUCAGUCAUGUGCAAGUUGAUUUUACUACAAAUUAAUAUUAAGAAAGUUUGGUAUGUCAUCAGUAUUAGUCCGGACUUAUCCCGAAGACAACAUGGAUUAUUAUGCGUCCGACUGAACAUGUCCAAAGUUUAAAAGUUCUGCUGCACUUAAGCAGUUAAUUGGGUCGAAAUUUAUAAGGCGCAACAUUAAGGUUGUUACUCACUUUGUUCCAUACACUAAGGUUGCCUUGAAUCUACUUUUUCAGACAUUAAAUACAAGGAAUUAUAUGCAUAUACAUAGGGAGUGACUUUUUCGAGUUAAAUGCCACUCUCAGAUCGGGGGGGGGGGGGGGGCUAUUUUUAAAUCUAAUUCUGGGAGAAAUCGGGCAGUAAUUGUGCCUUUGGGUGUUAUCAGGUGUUUUUUUUUUUGUUGUUGUUUCUCCUCUUGUGUAUGAAGUCCUUUCCUAAUGUUUUUUUUGGGGUGACCUAUCAGCACUAAUCCCCGAGGCAUAGACAGUGCCGACACACAUGGGUGUAUUUCUGGGAACGUCAGUGACCUAUUCUUACGUGUGUUACACAUAACAACCUUUGUUUGUCUUUGGUGGAAAUGUCACUUAAGGAUUUCAUAGUGAAUGGAAUUCAGGGAGAAACUCGGUUUAACCCAAAUUGGUCGGAGGUUAGUUCGGGGCGGAAUAACCAGCCGGAACUGGGUUUAACCCGAAAAAGUCACUCCCUCCAUAUAUAUAUAAUGUGUGGCAUCCUUUCUUUGUAAAGCAAUUACCAUUAUCACGAAAAGUCAGUCAAUGCUAUUGCUUCUGUGUAGUGUGGCCAGUCUGCUCUCUAUUUUGUUUCUUUCUGUGUGCACAUGAAACUAUGGACUAUUGGUGACCUAUGUUCAAAUUGUACCUUACACGUUCAGGCAACUACUUCAGUCAGCUAUGAAUGUUGAAGAAAUGUGAAGCUGGCCAAUGUGUUCCAUGUGGAAGACUGUACAUAGCAACUGACCCCCCCACAAGAACUGUAACUACGGUCGCAAAACUGCAUUUUAAGUUAACCUUCUCCACUUAUGGACAAAGUAGUUCACCGUAUGGAACUUGUGUGUGCAGUGAUGUGUUUUGCACCAGUGGGACACAGCGUGAAAUGUGUGACAAUCACUGUGAAGUAACUCGUGUUCGAUAAACAAGAUCUCAAGGUGGCCAGGGGAAAAGCAGCCUUUUAGACAGUUUUAGUUCUAUGAAAUGUACAGUUCUUCCCCCCAGUAAAACUAAAAUAUGCACUGUGGUUGAGAUACUCUGUAUGUUGACUGAAUAAACAUGACACUGUAUUCUUUGUUUUCAA